AUGUCAAUUAUGUUCAUUUCCAUGCUACUUGUGCUACUUGUUCCCCUAUACUUGUAUCUCAAGGCUAGCAGUAGAUCUAAGAACACAUCAGUGUUUCCCACAAACUGGCCAAUAUUGCAUAUGUUCCCUUCCUUCAUGGUCAAUGUCCACAACUUGCAUGACUAUCUCACCAUGGUCCUCGCCGGAUUAGGCCACAACUUCAGGGCGCACGGCCCACCCGGGACCGGGAUGCGGUUCUUCGUCACGUGCGACCCUGCUAAUGUCCGGCACAUCUUCACGACCAACUACACCAACUUCCCCAAGGGUGCUGAGUUCGCCGCAAUUUUCGACAUCAUGGGUGGCAGCCUCUUCACCGUCGAUGGUGAAGACGCUGCCGCCCAGCGUGGGAAAUUGAAGAGCGUGCUCAGCAACCCGCGGAUGAUUGCCAGUACGGAGGCAUGCUGCCGCAACAAGGUGGAGAACAUCCUUCUCCCAUUGCUCGCCUACAUGGCGAGCAUCGGCACUCCUUUUGACGUGCAAGAACUGAUGUCAAGGUUUAUGUUUGACCUGGCUACUAUGUCUCUCUUUGGUGUGGAUCCUGGCCUCCUAUCAUUAGACAAACCACCCAUGGACGCCGUGGUCGCUCUGAACACAGUCAUGGAGGUGGGAUUUUUCAGGCACACCAUGCCAGCUUCUUGCUGGAAAUUAAUGAGGUGGCUAAACAUCGGCCCCGACAGAAAGCUCUCCACAGCGCACAAAGUGCUACGAAGGUUCCUCAUGGAGUUGAUGGAGAGGAGGAAGAUGGAGAUGAUGGAGAGGAAGAUCAGCACAUGUCAUGUUGGUAAUGAUGAGGAACAAGAUGGUGUGGAUAUUAUGUCUUCCUACCCAGACUACGUUGAUGAUGACUUAUCCUAUGCCAAGAACAUUGGCUACAUGCUCGCUGCAAGGGACACAAUUGGAACGACCCUGACAUGGGUUUUCUACAACCUCGCCCAGAAACCAAACAUUGUGUCAAUCAUCCGGAGUGAACUCUCACCCAUUGCAUCAUGCAAAGAAGCAUCCGGUGUGGAUACCAUGAUGAUCUUUGAGCCGCAUGAAACCAAAUCUCCAAUCUAUCUGAGAGCCGUCUUGUACGAAACUCUUAGGUUGUACCCACCGGCACCUUUCGAGCGCAAGACGGUGGCCGCCAAUGAUAUUAUGCCGAGUGGCCAUGAGGUGCGCACCGGUGACACCAUCCUUAUUUCUCUCUACUCCCUGGGGAGAAUGGAGGGCGUGUGGGGUAAUGAUUGUCUCGACUAUAACCCUGAUAGGUGGCUCUCGGAAGAUGGAAACAAUCUAAGGUACGUACCAUCUCACAAGUUCUUGGCCUUCAACUCGGGCCCAAGGAUAUGCCUUGGGAAGGAAAUUGCGGUUAUGCAGAUGAAGACCGUCAUCACCUCAAUGUUGUGGAACUUUGAUAUGGAGGUGAUGGAAGGGCAAAGCAUCCAGCCCAAGCCAUCUUGUAUACUGGAGAUGAAAAAUGGGCUCAUAGUUAAGCUAAAGAAGCGAGAGAUGUAA